AUGGGUAUGAAACUCGUCUUGCUCGUGGUUUGCUUUGGUCCUUGGAUCUCUGCCAGCUCUGCUGCACCGGCAGGGACCACGCUGGAGGAAGGAGCCCUUUUCAACCUAACGUUGAUCCCUCGCCUGCACGAGAGAGCACUUGUGAAGCGCGAUGUAUGGAACGAGUGCAUGAACGAUGAAUUCAGACCACUGCUCAAUCGGGCUAUGAUCGAUGCUCUCCCGAUUAUGCACAACAUGAUCGAACAUCUGGAUCUCGCCCUGAGUCUUUAUAACCAGGACAGUACUGGGGAGCUCAGGGCCGACAAAGCGACCCCAGAUCUGCGCACUUUUGAUGAACAUAAUGCCUUUUCAAGCUACAUGAUGUUUGUCUCACAGAUAUACUGGGGACCGGGUGACUCUCGAAAUCGGGCUGGGUUGGACAGGCUCAGGAAAACCAGAGAUACUGCACAAGCGCUUAUCACUACAUACGAAAACCACGCCGCGGGUAUAGUGACAGGGUGGGAAGAGCCAGACAGGCCGCCCGAUGUCUCACUCCAUUGUGAUCAAGCCGAAUACCUCUCGGAGAGAAACAGCGCUGGAUUGACGUACACCGAAGCGACAACGGAAGGAGCCUUGACCUAUUACUGGCUCUCCCAAAGCGAUGCUACAGAAAGUCUUGAGGAAAAGUGGGUUCCCCGCCUUGAAGUCUGCGCUCUUGAACCUGGCAAUGGACAAACACGCUUCGGUGCUGUUCCUGUCAAUCCCACAAUCAAGGCACAUACAUUCCCAGCCGCGGAACCUCUGGUUGAAGAAACUAUAACUUUUUGUCCGAUACAUUUCGAUGCAUGGCUUGCUACCGAAUCCACUCGAACGCAGAGUGCUCUGCAUUAUCGGAACUUACAUGUUCCCAUUGGCUCUGCCCCAACUGACGAGCAGGUGCAACUCGCGCAGAGACUUCUGAAUCUCGACGAUUUCGCUCAUGGCACAUCCAGUCGCGGUAUCCGUUGGCUCUGGGACUUUCUGGUUUCAACUAUGAUCCACGAGUCCACGCAUGCAAUAGGCUUCGUCAGGUCCGAUGAUAACAAACUACGUAAGUGUUUCCUUCUUUUCCUCUCUAAUCUUUUCUGA